UUUCUCUCCAACAAACCCUUGGCCUCAUCAAAUUAUGUUCCUGGAUAAGUUGGUGAAGAUAGGGAUUAUGUCAGCUUAACCCUGAUUCUGUUGCAUUGAAGGAUUUGCAUGACAGCAGCAUUACCGAUGAGUCAACAGAGGAGUCCGUCAGUCUUCUUUCCAAAGAAAUACCCUCUUACGUGAUAAUUUGGCUCAUCUGAUAUUUGGGUUCGCGUCUCUUGCUUAACCGAUAUUGUAUUUCUUUUGCACUCCUACAACUGCUCACGCCGGUGAGACUUAUUCGGCUCAGUAAUAUGGUUUUUGCUGUUAACGAGCACCAUGGACCACGCUCUUGAGGCAGCCAUAGCGUCUGGGAAAAUCCCAUCUCGGCUCGCUAGCAAUAUCACCACGCCAGAAUACCUUGAUUUCUUGCUUCAAGAUGAUAGUGGAAGACUGGUAAAGGUAGUUUCUACGCUAGCAGCACUGGAAGUAUUGUUCGUGGCACUCUUUUACUAUUCAAGAUUGAGAUUCAAGACGGAGUCAAACCUCGAUUUAUGGUUGAUGGUUCCGGCGUUUCUGACAACCUUUUCUCAUUUAAUUUUUUGCUUCGGUAUGUUCCUCGCCUAAAGUGGAAUAUAUUGGCUGAUACAAAAGCUGAUAAAUACACGCUGAUAGUGUUCAUUAAAUAUGCCCAAUUGGGAAGACAUAUUCAAUUGCUCACUCGCCAUCAAACAGAGCAGUUCCUCAAGUUUCAGAUGGCGCUUACAUUCCUGAAUUCUGCCGCAGUAACACUACCCAAAUUCUGCAUUCUAUGUCUGUACCACCGAGUUUUCAAGCCAAAACCCUAUCGCCACGCAAUCUACUUCAUAGCAGCUUUCCUAACUGCACAUUGGCUUGCUCACUUCAUUCUGCAACUCUCGGUAUGUACACCAUUCGAGAAACAAUGGCAUCCAUGGGUGAAGGGCCACUGCUUGAAUUCUUUCAAGUCGUAUAUUUGGCUAGUACUUCCCAGUAUUGCUGCAGAUAUGAUGAUCAUUAUCCUGCCGCUGCCGAUGAUCUGGAAAUUACAAACAAGCAUAGGCCAAAAGUUGGGACUGACGGCGACUUUUCUAGCUGGAAGCAUGUACGUAUCCUUCUCUCUUCCUUAUGCCUGACAUAGCAGUCGAAAUCAGCCUUUGGCUAGCUAGGUGGCCGGUAGGGGGUAGGUAUUCAAUACUGACUGGAAGGAUACAUAGAGGCAUCAUAACGGCUAUAACACGUUUUGCCAUAUUUCUUGGAGCUCGUAGGUACCCUAUCUAUCUAAGCCAUAAACCUUUGCCUUUGACGGUUAGAGCAAAGUUCGAAGUCUAGUCUAUGCUUCAGUGAACUUUUACUCCCAAGCAUUCCUGAAAAUAUAAUAACCAGUAUGCUAAUUCCAACGUAAUCUAGUGAGCCACGACGCUGACACGAUCGACAUAUCCUGGGUCGGGAUAGAUGUUAUUCUUUGGGCUAGUAUCGAGCCGGGCGUCUAUCUUAUUGCCGCAUGUCUACCAUCACUCCGUCCCCUCUUGGUCGCCACGCUUCGAGAUAUCAGUCCCGGUCCGACGUUCCAUAGUUUACGGCAAAGGAUCUGGGGGGGUUUUAAGGGAGCUGGAAGAAACAAUUCCAAACACACGCCAAGAGACAUGAGACCUGAAAGAGCAAUUACUAUUAGACUCUCGGAUAAUGGCAAAUUCAACCGCCUUGGAGAAGGUGACGGCAGUGGGUGGCCAUCCGACUUCUCGGGACAUAAUCCGGCGAUGUCUACUUGUUUUAGGGAAAGCACUGAUUUGGAAGAAGACAGAGGAAGGCCGAGGGUCAAAGGGAAGGCGAAGACAAAGGAAAAGGAAACGGAAACGUGGGGGGCGUUGAGUGGCAUUAUGGUUCGGAAAGAGUAUAGUAUCAGAUCGGAGGCAGUGGUUGUUGAUCCAGGGAGUGAAUAUGUUGUCAGUAAUUCUGUUGCCAAGUAGUAUGUAAAUAUAGCCAUUCUUAUUCGCAGGGCGAGAUACUGUAGGUUUUGUUGAUUUAUUGGAUAUUAUAACCCUUACAUUCAACCAAAACUACAACCAACGCAUCUGUAAUGCUAGCAAUCUAGAAUUUUG